UUGUUCAUCACUUGUGCAAGGGGAGCGUUUAACCUGCCGCACCGCUGAGGACCGUGAUGUGUUCGGAAAUAAUAGGUUGACGUGAAUCGUAUGGUUUGUUUUGUUGUCGAAUCUGACUGCAUAGACUUGUUUCCCUGCUGCGACUCCACAUACAACAUCGGUCGCAAGCAUAAAGUCUACGAUCUGAAGAUGAAGAAGAAAGCGGUGGGGAAGACGCGUCACGUCGUGGCCUGGAUGAACAAGGCGGAGUACGAGCAUGUGCUGGAGUAUCUGUUCUCCAAAGAGCCCGCGCUGCAGAAGCACGCGCUGCACAGGAUCUCCGCGUGGAAGGGCAGGUUUGGACAAAGCACUCCAGUGGCUGUGGACAGCACAGCGGACCUGGUCCGUUGUCAGGUGCUGGACAGCACAGGUCAGCUGGAGGCCAAUGAUCUAGUGCUGCUGUAUGGCAUGGCGCUGGUUCGGUUUGUUAAUCUCAUCACAGAACGGCAACAGAAAAGAGUUGCCAGACCCUUACGAAGGUUAGCUGGGAAUAUAAAUAUUCCAGAGUGGGUGGUAAACCUCAGGCAUGAUCUGACACAUCGCAGACUCCCGUCACUAAAGUGGUGCAGAAAAGGUUGUGGAUUUGUGCUGGACUGGUUGCAUCAAGAGUACUGGUCUCGCCAGAUGGGCAGUCAGCUGACAGAGGACUGGAACUCUUCAUCAUCAGAAGAGGAGGACGAAGAGGAGUUUGCUAAAAGACAUGAGGAAGAGCUACUCCGCAGACAGAAGGAGAUCGAGGCACACAAAAAAGUCAGAGAACUGCUCAUCUCUUAUGAACGAGAACAGUUUCAGUCUGCGCUUUUGAGCCAUAUAAAAGUCGAAUCCAGUGGUGAGAUCUGUGACAUGGAUAAGCCCCUCGCAUAUGACGCCCAGCAGAACCUGCUCCGGCUCUGCAGCAUUUACACACAGGGUUACCGUGAAAACACCUCCCCCGGACCCUCAGACCCCGCUCAGCCUGUGUACACCCUGCAGAACCUUCAGGACAGACUCAAGAGUAACACCCACUCAUCUAACCACGCCCCCAGAUCCGUGCAGGCUCCGCCCACAGAGGACCUCCAGGAAAAGCUAAGCGCAGAAACUGUACAGGAGAGAAACUUUGCGUUACGAGGAUCAGCAUGGAGCGUGUGCACAGACCAUCUGCACACUUCCAGUCAUUGCACAUGUGGGCGGUCAGAUUCCAUGACCACAAAUACUAGGGCCAGUUUGCACAAGUAAUGUCAGCUGGUGUUUAAUGUGAUGCGGAA